CGCGACUAAAUUCAGAAUGGGCAACUUCAUGCAAAUCACUAGAUGCUUAUUUGCCUCCUUUCUUAUAGCUGGGGUGAUGGCCUAUGGCUUGCAGCGUUCCUGUAUUGCGAUAUUCGCAACAGUCGAUCAUGGUAUUGGAGUUGUACUUGGAGGAACUCCGGUAGCAUGGCCGUCGAAUUUCCAAUGGUCGUCUCGGCUCACCAGGGCUCUCACACUGAGUCAUCGUCCAUGCGAACAUGGAAGUACACGUGCACCUUGCCAGAUAUAUCUUACUGCUGCUAAGAAUCUUUCUAGUGAAGUCAUCAUCAAUGCACACUUUCCUGCGGAUGAGUCGAGGAAAGUCGUGUUCGUGUACCGAGAGAGCGGAGAUCAGCGCAAACAAGAGGUUGUUCCUCAGCGCUUCACAGUUCCUGGUGAUUACUCGCGAGACGUUUAUGCGGCCUACGUAUACGGCUUGUCUCCAGGAGCUAUCGUGGAAUUCUGGAUAAGCGCUGAUGAUGAAAUCGUCAGUGAUGUUAGAAGAUUUCGGACGGUCCCACUGAGUGGAGAAGUGACUAUCGCUGUUGGAGGUGACGCUGGUGCCAACGAAUUGGGUCAGCAAGUGAGCGAACAGUUAACUAAAUACGAUCCAUAUGUCGCGGUUUUUGCCGGCGAUGUGAGCUACGACAAUUCGCUGAUUGGGUGUGCUUGCAUCUGGGAUAAGUUUCUGUCGAAUUGGGAUAAAAUACGUGUGAAACCGAAGGACCCGUUAAAAGGAGAUGAUGAUGAUGACGAUCAAGGUUACAUGAUACCGUUAAUCUUCACUACUGGCAACCAUGACCUCGGCGUUAAUGCGAAGCCAAGAGACGUCCGAUACAGCUCCCAAGAUUGCGAUAUGAACACUAUGCGACGAAUUCGACCGCUUUACUACGGCUAUUUUGCAUUUGAAGUGGUUAAUGGACGAGUACCAGAGAUAUGCGACCGAUCCAAUAAUCAUGUACACGUCCUCGGUCACUCCACAGUCCUAUGGGCACUCGAUUCGGACUAUGGUGAGCCAGCGUUGAAUACAGCGCGAUGGGUAUCAGCACAACUUGACGGUAUCGAAACUGCUCCUGGACGGCAAGCUCGGCAUCUAGCGGUGUAUCAUAUGCCGAUGUAUCCGAGCCUAUCGGAUCCGGCUAUAUGGGCACAGGGCAGUCGACUGCGCGACAUUUGGGAGAAGGAACUUUUUACCAAAAUCAACAUUACGGUGGCGUUCGAGCAUCAUGUGCAUGCGUUCAAGCGUUCACUCCCAUUGAGAAACGGCAAAGUCGGGGAAGCCGAGGGAUUCAGCACCGUAUUCGUGGGUGAUGGAAAAUGGGGAGUGUCUCCCAAUGACAGCCCGCCUGAAGACGCUCUUGCUCGGGAAGAUGAACGUUUUGCAAAGCUAGGUACAUUCAAUCACGUUUGGAUAGCGAAGAUCGAUCUCAGCUCAUCGAAGGGUGGUAUUACACUCAUCGCUGUUGACGAUCACGGCGCUGAGGUGGAUUCAGUCGCCGUCUGA